AUGAGCUUCUCUCUCACGUUCACUGAGCUGGUCAACAUCGCUGUACCGCAGUGCGGGGUGGUGAACUUCAAGGCCCUGCACCUGCUACUCCAUGGCAUCCUGGAGCACAUCCACAUGGCCGAGCUCAAGAAGGUGCUCUCAGGGGACGAGGACUUCCUGCAGACCUCGCAGGUGGUGUUUGUGCCCAGGGAAGGAGAUGCCCAGCCCAUCCUCAAUCCCAUGAAGAGGCUCGGCAAUGUCUUUGACCAAGUGGUGCACCGCAUCGACAGGAUGGAGAACCAGCUGGCUGUGCUGCAGGACCUGCCAUCCACCUCCCAGCUGCUGCAGGAUAGCAAGGGCACUGGCCAGCCCGCCCGGGACCUGUGGCAUCUGAUCAAGCUCCAGAAGAUGAUGGAGGGUCACGAAGAAGCCACAGCGAAGUCCAUGAAGAUCCUGCAGGAUUUGCUCACUGAGAUUUAUGCACUCAAGGUCACCAUUGAAACCCUCAGGAAGGAUGUGGACAUGCUGAAGGACCUGUUUGAAAAGAUGCCACCAGAAACAAUGGGUACCUUCAGUGAAGACCUGAAAGUGCAGAACCAGAAGACAAGGGCUUUGCAGCGGGAAGUGACUUCUCUUCAGAACAAGAUUCAAACCAUUCCCCAAACUGACGACAUGGUGCUCUGGAGCGACCUCCACGAGGCCAUCUUCAGCUCGGAACUGGCCGAUCUGUGGCAGACCACGGAGCAGCUCCCAGAUGCAGCCCUUGAACAGGCCGAACACUUUGAAACUGUUCGUCCUGUCCAUGACACGGAACCCACACAAGGCCCAACGCUCCUGAAGACCAUCUGGCAUUCCGAGGUCCCCGGUCUCCUAACAGAGGAGGAGUAUGCCCACACAAAUGCACUUGGCAGUGCUGAGGGGCCAGGCCAGCCUCAGGCCCUCAAGCCUGGUCCUGCACCUGCACCUGGGCCCAGGCCUGUGCCUGGAUCUGCACCUGCGCCAGGGCUGGAGUCCGAGCUCCUGCCUGCACUGGGGCCUGGGCUGGGGCCCAGUGUGACACCUGGAUUCAUGCCAGCACCUUGGACUGCACCUGGACCUGCGCUCGCCCCAGGUGCUCAGCCCCCACCACCUGGAGUUUGGCCUAUCCCCAGAGGCUGGCGUGGGGCUGGUACUUGGCCUUUUGGGGGCUCCAGGCCAUCACGUCUCCUGCAGCCCACUCAGCCCCCACCCUCCAGUGCCCCACCAACAGCCAGGGAGUUCGGCUCAGCCUGGCAUCGUCUACUGCGGCCACUCCAGCCUCACCAGGCAGAGAGUAACAUGCUCCCAACUGUUGAAGAGAAGGAGGACGAAUAUAAUGCCCAGCACCUGGGAGUUGUUCAGGAUGGAACCCCCAAAGAUGGGGCCCCCGAAGAAGCACGCCCUAAAGGUCCCCAGUCUGCCAUUCAGCGGUUGAGAACCACUGCGGUCAUUGCUGCCUCUGCGGCUGCAGCCUACAGAGCUGCAGCAAACUCAGCAGCCCAGGCAGCCAGGCCCGCUGCCAACUGGGUCAAGGAUGCCCCUGCCACCAAACUGGCCACCAUUGCAACAAGUGUGGCCACAUCCGGGCCUUUAGGGGUCUUUGCAGAUGUUCUAGGUGCAGGGACUACCCGUGGGGCCAUAGACACCAUGGUCUUCAGCGAUGACAACAAGGAGCUGGAAAACUAUGAAAUCAUCUCUCCCCCAUACUCUGCCCAUGAUUUUACUUCCAAUACAGCCCUAAGCCAGGCCAUAAUGGCUGCCAAGCAGGCCAUGACCCCUGAAGACAAGAAGAAAGCUGUCAAGUAUUCCAUGAGCCAUGUGGCCCAGAUACCUAUUAGACACGACUCCCUAAAAGAAGAAUUUGCCCAGCUGUCAUCCAACCUGCAGCAGCAAUUGACUUAUCUAGCUAACAUGGGAGGUAUUUCAAAGCCUGGGACAACCCUGGAUGUCUUGCAGGAAAAGAUUGGCAACCUCCAGAAAUCCAGGCUAAAGGAGAAGGAACUUGAGAGAAUUUGGGGCAAACAGAUAGACAUGAUGAAGGACCACUACACUGUGCUGGACAGGACAGUGACAAACCUCCAGAAUCGCCUGGAUGAGUUCAAGGGUCUCCAGGCACAAAUCAAAAGGCUGGAAAUGAGCAAGGUGGAUAAAAUCACGAUGGAGCAGGAGCUGAAGGAGAAAGCCGACAGGAGCACCCUGGCCAGUAAGGCAAGCCGGGCCGACCUGGAGACAGUGGCAACGGAGCUGAAUGAGGUGAUUCAGGACAUGCUGUUCAGGGUCACAACCCACGAAGAUGACUGGAGGACAAGUGUUAAUAAGCUCAGCAAAGACUUGAACACCAAGCUAGUCCACAGUGAUCUGGAUUCCCUGAAGAAAGAAAUGGAAGAGGUCUGGAAGGUAGUCAGGAAGCUGCUGGUCGAGGGCCUCCGAUUCAACCCCGACAGUGCUGCCGGCUUUAGGAAGAAGCUGUUUGAGAGGGUGAAAUGCAUUUCCUGCGAUCGGCCAGUGGAGAUGAUGACCGGCCCACAGCUGAUCACCAUCCGCAAAGCCCACCUGCUGUCACGGCUGCGGCCGGCCAGUGCCAACAGUUACGAAUACCUGCAGCGACAACAGAUGAGGGAACAGCAGCGGCUGCAGCUCCAGGCCCUUGGAGUCCAGGAGGAGAGCCUGGACUCCCAGAACUCCCAGCAGGACUGGGGAGACGGUCCAAGAAACACCACUGACUUGUGCAACCUAUCAACACUCUACCCCUAUGGGGAUCCCCAAAUGAUGGACUAUGACACCGCUGAGGUGGACAUCCUGGGAGUGGAUGGUAUCCUGUACAAAGGCCGAAUGAACAGCCAGAUUGGGGCUCAGCCCUUGACCACCAUAGAGAAGAAGCUGGCAGCUGUGAAGGUUCCUUGUCCACCGUCUCGAAACCUGUAUGACAGCAUGCGCUCCAGUGUCUUAUUAGAAGCCAUCUACCCCCUCCUGGAUCCCGCCACUGGCACCAAAUCAGCCCCCUUGGGCCCUCACCCGACAAUGCCAGCUCAGCUGCCAUCCCUGCCACCCCUGCCACCGCUGAUCCCACCCCCGCGAGACCCCCAGCAGACUCCAGGGCCCACCAGCUACUCAAUAUCUCUUCCCAAGUCCCAAGCCAGCAUGUAG